AUUGAGUGCUACAGCGAAGUUUCCUUUCCAGCAAAGUGCAUGCCAUUAUUAAAAAAAUGAAAGGGGGAAAAGUGAAUCCGAAUAGCUUGAUUCGUUAAUCUUAACUUUCCUACUCAUCAAACCAUUUGUCUCUUCUUCCUAAAGCAAAACACCAUACCAUUAUAAUCAUCUUUUUCUUUUUCUUUUUCCCAUUUCCAUCACAAACUCCAUAUAUUAACCAUAGAUCAGAUCAUACCACCAAGUGGUCAACACCAAAGGGUUGUUUUUCCCCGAGAGAAAGACGAAAAGAUGUCGGAUUGGGGACCGGUUUUCGUGGCGGUGGUGCUUUUCAUACUGCUAACACCGGGGCUUCUCAUUCAGGUACCAGGGAAGUCAAGGGCGAUUGAGUUUGGGAAUUUUCAAACCAGUGGAGUAUCCAUACUGGUGCAUUCCAUUAUUUACUUUGCACUCAUUUGCAUCCUCCUCUUAGCUAUUGGUAUCCACAUGUAUGUUGGCUCAUAGCUCACUAUCCUCAUCUGUCUUCAAACCUCGUAUAAGAUGAGUUUCUAACUUUCUGGAUUGUUGGCAUGUAAUCUGUCUAUUUAAAUCUGUUUUUUUUAACCAAAUGGUUGUUUUUGUUUGCAAUAUGAUUUUGGGCUUCAUGUUAAUCUUGCAAAUUUGACAAAUAAAUGUUUAUUUUUUUUC